AUUCACUCUUCCUGGUACCAGAUUCGUCCAGAAUGACGGAGAACAAGUGCGAGGUCUGCAAGAACCCAGCGAAGCAGUUCUGUUCUUCGUGCCGCUCCGUGUUCUACUGUUCCAGAGAGUGUCAGAAAGAGGACUGGAAGACGCACAAGGGCAGAUGUAAGCCGUACGUGGUGCAGGUUCAUCCCGUGUACGGCAGGCACAUGGUGGCCAGCCGAGACAUCAGAGCCGGGGAAAUCAUCAUAAAGGAGCAGCCAGUCGUCAUAGGGCCAAAACAGAGGUCGGUACCACUCUGCCUUGGGUGCCACAAGGCCGUCGAUGGCUCCGCCAGGUGUUCCAAAUGCCAGUUUCCGAUCUGCGCCCCCUCCUGCGAGAUCUCCAAGUAUCACAAGGCCGAGUGCAAAGUGCUGGCGGGCGCCACAGCCAAGAUCAAGAUCGACAACGUGGAGUCCGUGCACCCGGCCUACGAGUGCAUCACGCCCCUGAGAUGCCUCCUGACGAAGGAAACCGAGCCCAAGAAAUGGGAGGCCCUCAGCAACCUGCAGGAUAACGUGGCCAACAUAAUGGACACCGAAGUGGGUCAUGUGAUUCAGAGGAAUGUCGUGGAGUUCCUAAGGAACUACAUCAACUACACAUCCUCCGAGAGUGCGGAGAUCUACCGCGUCUGCGGCAUCCUGUUCACCAACAGCUUCGAACUCCGUCACAACGACCAAAACAUCAGGGGCGUCUUCCCCCAGGCGGCCAUGAUGGCCCACGAUUGCUGUCCCAACACCAAGCACGCCUUCGACAGGGACCUGAACAUCGUUGUUAGGUCCACCGUGCCCAUCAGGAAGGGCUCGCCCAUCAGCACGACCUACACGAACACCCUGUGGAACACCCUGCAGAGGAGGAAGCAGCUUCAGACUGUGAAAUUCUUCCUGUGUUCUUGCCGUCGCUGUUCGGACCCAAGAGAAUUGGGGACUGACCUGAGCACCCUCCUAUGCAAUGAGUGCGGAGGACAUGUACUGUCCUUGGAUCCACUCGACAUGAACGCCACGUGGGCCUGCCAGAAGUGCAAUAACACUAUUCCUGGGAGAAAUGUGUUCUGGGGAGACCAACAACUGUACAAAGAGCUACGAAGCUUUGACCAGAGUUCUGCCAAACCACUGGAGGAAUUCCUUGAUCAUUACCAGAAGGCACUUCAUCCAAAGCACAGAUUCUUCAUCGAAGCGAAAUAUGCCCUCAUCAAGUUCUACGGUAACCAUCCGAGCUACAGAUACCGCGAUAUGACAAGGGAACAGCUGGAAAAGAAGGUCAAAUACUGCCGUGAUCUGCUCGAGGUGGCAGAGGUCAUUGAUCCUGGACUCAGCCUCCUGAGGGGAACGGUGCUCUUUGAACUACAAGCAGGCCUUGUGGCCUUAGCCAGGAUGCUGCUCUCGAAUGAGAUAUUGACGAAGGAAGGAACGCAGGACUACAUGACAGAAGCAGUGAAGCAUCUCCACGAUGCCUCGGAAAUCUUGAAACAUGAACCAGAAAUGGAAAAUGGAGGUCUAGAGACGAAGUUGAAGUUACUGUCGCAGGAGUUAGACGUAUAACAACAGUGGCGCAGUUAAACCCAGACCUAUUACAGGGAUUGUUUACAGUAUUCUAGGAAAUUUUAUAUGUAGUUGACAGUUUUGAUAUUUUUUUAGCAUUGAUUCCAUCAGGAAACAACCUGAUGGCAAAGAUACUAUAUAGAUUGUAGUGGAGUCAUUUGAUAGAUUUUGUAUCUGACUGUUCUAUACUAUAUUGUUUCCGUUAAUGACAUUCUUCAGUUCUGUUGGCCACUGGUUUAUUGUUUCAUGUUUGUCGUACCUUGUUUGUGUUGAGAUGUCAGAAAUAGAUUUGUUUUUUAUAUUUGUAAGUUAAAAUAGUAAGUGGUUAUAAACGUUAAAAUUCGUGAUGUUUUGGGAAAAUUCACCUCAGGUACCCCAAAAUCUAUCAUCCUUUUAGCCUUCUGGACCUUUUUAAAAGAGAUAUCUUUCUGGACAACAAUUUCAGAUAAGAAUUCUACAUAAUGAAGUCAUCUGAUGAUUGAUGAAAUACUUCCCAAUGUAAACUUACUGUAGACUAAACAUUUCCAUACAGCUCUCUGUUCCAUACAAGAAUUUUCCCCCCAGAAAACUGUUGUUAGGAAUAGCUGAUGUAAGAUUUCAAUUACAUCACUGUUUGUGAUACUGUUAAAGAAAAUACAAAUAAAAUAUAUUUAUUUGUUAACAUG